AAUAGAGAUAACUGGGACCGAAAAAAUGAAUCGGAAUUUUAAUAAAUCUCAGAGUCUGCGGUUUUUUGAUUGCAAUGCAGUGGAAGUCAAGAGUAAGUUUGGGGCUGAGUUUCGAAGAUUUUCUCUGGACCGUUACAAACCUGGAAAGUUUGAAGAUUUCUACAAGCUUAUCCUUCACAUCCAUCACAUCUCGAACAUGGACGUGAUGAUUGGGUAUGCUGAUGUGCACGGUGACCUACUGCCCAUCAAUAAUGAUGACAAUUUCUUCAAGGCUGUCUCAAGUGCAAAUACAUUGCUCAGAGUCUUCAUUCAAAGACAAGAAGAAGUAGACUUCUGUAACUUUGGGACCAGCACAUUAGCUAGGAAGAAGAAGGUCCUGAAGAAGAAGAUCCUGGUUACCCUUCGUAACAAUAACCUCCGCCGGCGUCCUCACCUCAACAUCAGCAUGCCCCAUGACUUCCGACCGGUAUCUUCUAUCAUUGAUGUGGACAACCUUCCUGAAACCCACAGGAGGGUCCGGCUGUACCGGCAGGCGUGUGAAAAACCCUUUGGGUUUUAUAUCCGUGAUGGGACCAGUGUGCGGGUGACGUCCCAAGGCCUUGAGAAAGUCCCGGGCAUCUUCAUUUCCCGCAUGGUCCCUGGAGGCCUUGCUGAGAGUACAGGGCUACUGGCUGUGAAUGAUGAAGUCUUAGAAGUGAAUGGGAUUGAAGUGGCUGGCAAAACCCUUGACCAGGUCACAGACAUGAUGAUUGCCAACAGCUAUAAUCUCAUUAUUACUGUUAAACUAGCCAACCAAAGGAACAAUAUUAUUCGUCGCAGCUGGAUGUCUGGUAGCUCGGGUCAGUCAACUGACAGUACAGUCAGUCACUAG